AAGAUCCCCUUCGAAUUUUACUCGAUUGCAGUGGGUACACUAUUAUAAAAAAUAGAAGAAUACAUCAACUUGUUUCUUUCGCAUUCUUAUCCUGCCAACUGGUAAUGAUUUUGGCUGGUAUAUUUUAUGGAUUUUUGUCCAAAGAGAAGCUCAAACCGUUUAUUUUGGGCAUCAUAUUCCACUUUCCGUCUGAUGCGGCCUUCUUCACAAGUGUCGUUUAUGGUCAUGACGUAAACGAAUACAAACAUAUGGUCUUCGAAAACUGUUCUUGUAUAGACUCAGGUGGCCAUGUUAUUGAGAAAAAGAUCAAAAAUGAAAUUGGAUGGGUGAUGAGAUUAUGUUUUAUUCCCCUGUUCCUCUCAAUAUUGAUGACAAUUUCAUUUCUGCCCUUCGUUGGGGACGAAGAAAUAUUUCUGUUUCAGAUCACCAUAAUGAAGGAAUGGUUUGGAAAUUGGCUGGUGGGACUUCGUUUUUUCGUUUACCUCAUCUUUGCCCUCUUACUGGGAAUAAGUGGUUGGAUAGUUGGAAGUACCACAAUCGUUACAGGAUAUAUCAUUUUCCACUUGAAGUUUCAAUUCAUUCUUUUGGACAGACACUUUGAGAAGCUGAAAAGUUUGGUUAGAGAAAAAAAUGAGGAUAUUCGCCAGCAGGAAGUUCGAAACGGUUUGAAGAAUUUCGUAGAGAAUCACUUGAGAAUAAAAAAUUUGUAUAAGCUACUUUUCCGGAGACAGGAUUUUUACAUGAUAAUUCUCACUCCUCCACUGAUAUUGGCAGUGGUCGCAUUUGUGUACUUCAUUAAAACAGAAAUAAGUCCACCAAGUAAUUUUAGAAUGCUGAUUGGCCUUGUAACCGGAGCCGUAACUUUCUGCUCUCAUUGUAUCAACGGACAACUACUGAGCGAUGAGUCCAGCAAACUUCACGAAAAGCUCUACUCUUGCGACUGGAUAGACUGGAAUGAGUCGAAUAAGAAAUCGAUGAUGAUAAUUCUUCCUGCAAUCAAAGAACCGAUGAAAGCAUCCUGUUUGGGACUAGUUGAUUUGGGUCAUCCAUAUAUUUUAUUCGUCAGCAGAGCGAUUUAUAGUCUACUUGCUGUUGCUGUUACUUUAUUAUGAAAAAAAAAACGAAUCGAGAAAAAAAAUGCCGAUCAAUAUGAAAGUAUUGAAAGCAUUGCAUCAUGGAAUUCCAUUUGUAUUGGAAAAAAAAUGUUUAAUUUACUGAAAUCACUGAAAAACUGAAAAUGUCUGUACAACGAUACUGAAAAUUGCAGUUUAUUGUAAUGCAACAUGAAUGAAUACUACAUAGCUAUAGAAAACGGCUAUUGGAAAUUCAUUUCACAAGGACAAGUCCUCUCGAAAUAGUUUUAAAAUAGCACUUGGUAUUAUA